CAAAGUCUCUCUCUUUCUCUUCUUGUCACAUCAAUUCACACUCUGCAUCUCUUCAUUUUCACAAGCCUCCCUCCGCUCCGCUUCUUUCUUUAGUUCUUUUUAGGUCUCUCUCUCUCUACUCUCUAACCCAAAUCCAUCCCCAAAUUCCCAUAUUCCAAAUGCUGAAUCGAGUCCGCCAUUGAAUUCCAAAUUCUUAACUCUUUCUGUUCUUCUGACCCACUUCUCAAAAAUCUCACCUUUUCGUUCUUUCCACUGAUUUGUUUUCUCUCUUCGUGUUCUUGUUAGUUUGACAAAUACAGCAAUGAGAGACAGACAAAAGUGAAAAACUUUUUUUUAAUUUAGGGUUUCGACUCUUCUCAGUAUCACAUAUUUUGUUUCUUCUCCACUCUCGUCUCGGUGCUGCCUACAUUUUGCUGUUAAGGUAGAUGAUAGAAAUGGAGGCUGUUGAGAGGAAACGAUCCAGAGGAGGUUUUCGAAAUCUGUUUGACUGGCCUGGUAAAUCUCGGAAGAAGCUCUUCUCCUCCAGCAGCAACGUAGUCUUCGAAGCAUCGAAGCAAGAAAAAAAAAAUGCUCGAAACCCCUCAAACUCAUGGCCCUCACAGAUUGAUGGGGAUAAUAUUGGAAAAAAUUCAACUUACAAUCCGAGAAGUGACACGAGUUGCUCUACAUCCUCUGCCACUAGUGAUGAUGGACAAGGGUCCCGAGCUCCAAGUGUGGUCGCUAGGCUCAUGGGUUUAGAGUCUCUACCUGUACACAAUGCCUUGGAGUCCCAGUCUAAUCCCGCUUUUGACCCAUACUUACUCAGAUCCUCACGCAAAGCAAGCACAUGGGAUGCAUAUGAGAAUUUGGGUUAUGUAAAUCUUCGCAGUGACUAUGAUGGUAUUUCCUGGGACCAUUUGGAUUCAAGAAUGAAUACAGAGUGUAACCGGCCUAUUGACCGCUUUCAAACCGAAAUGUUGCCUCCAAGGUCGGCUAAACCAAUACCUGUCACUCACAAUAGGCUCUUGUCUCCUAUUCGGAGUCCUGGGUUUGUUCAGUCCAGGAACCCUGCUUAUGUAAUGGAAGCAGCUUCAAGAAUGAUUGAUCCAAGCCCUCGAGUAGUUGCUAAAACGCGGUUUUCAUCAUCUGAUUCUUCUUCAUCACUUCCGAUGAGGAUCAGAGAUUUGAAAAAGAAACUAGAAGCUUCACAGAAAGGACCAAGCCCUCAAAUCUCUAAUGGUAUUCGCGAUAAUAAGUAUUUCAGAGGAAAGCACGACGAAAAGAGAACUACAUCAUCACUCAAGAGACUAGAGACAAAUAAUUUAUUGGGAGAAAUCAGCUUUGGUGGUUUGAAGGGUAAAGUGAAGAAGCCUUCUGUAUCUGUAAACGCAAAGACCAACACUAGUCACAAGGGAGUCAGUUCAACGCCCUCGAGUGGCAACAGAGACCAAAAGAAGAAGAUGGAAACUAAGAACCGAAUAGUAAGAAAAGGUUUCAAAGAAUCUUCUGCUAGCACUGGGAAAACUGUGGUUAAGCCAAAUAACCAGAAACAGAACCAAUUUGCUGAGAGGUCUGUUUCAAACCAGAGAGGCAGCAAAGUGAUGAACAAAGUUGUAAACAAGGUUUUGGUGGAAAGCGGAACUACAACUAAGAAGCUUCGUUUUACUGCAACAUCAGCGGAAAAGAACACUGCUCCAUCUUUGUCCAGCAAAAAGAAUCUUACCCGCAACAAAGAACUGCCAAAUGGGGUGCAAGAACCUGGAUCCAACAGUGAUAAACGGAUAAAAAGGGGUGAAAAGUUGAUAAAAUGUAACAUCACCGUGGAUGGCAGGUUGAAGACAGGGGACAAUGAUCGAAAGGACAUGGAUGUGAUUUCGUUCACUUUCUCAUCCCCUAUCAAGGGUUUAUCAUCCAAUUCACGAUCUUCUGCUAAAAUGACUGAUCAAGAUACAGAAUCAGUACUUGGUUUCAAUAAGAUUGACAGUGAUUCUCUUAAUUUACUGUUGGAGAAAAAGCUCAAAGAGCUAACCUCUAAGAUUGAGUCAUCUUGCAGUAGUGUUACCCAAGAAGAAGAGUCGUCGGGUUCCAUUACAAAGGAUUGGGUGAACGGGACAAUAUCUUUGCCGUCAGAUGAUCUGGAUAAUGGUUUAUCAGAGAGUGAAUCUGUCUCUGAUUGUAGUUCAUUUUAUAAUAAUAAAAUAUUCCAGGCAGAAGAAGAUCAGGAAGUCAACAGCUUCAGCACAGCAAGAAAUCUCCAAAUCUCCAGCAGCAAGAGUUUCUCAAAUUCGCGCAAUGAAUACCACAAUGACAUUGAAGAAACUGAACUCUCAGCAGAAUCAGUGGCUUUAUCAGUAGCUGAGGAAGGUCAUGACUGGGAGCUUGAGUACAUAACUGAGAUCAUAGCCUCUGACCAACUGAUGAUUAAAGAAUUCUCCUUGGGGAUGGCUACUGAUAUAUUACCUCUGAGCCUUUUUGAUGAAAUUGAAAGUAAGAGAGAUCUACGGGGCAAGAUUGAAAGAAGAACACUGUUUGACUUUGUGAACCAGUGCUUAACAGUCAAAUGCGAGCAGAUGUUCAUGGGAAGCUGCAGAGGUUUAUUAGGGAAAGAAGACAUAUAUCUUAAAAGGGGAGGGAUUUUGGCAGAAGAAGUGAAGAAAGAGGUUGAGGGAUUGAAGAAGAUGAGAGAGAUGAUGAUGGAUGAGCUAGUUGACAAAGACAUGAGUAGUUGUGAAGGGAAAUGGCUAGAUUACAAGAGAGAGACUUACGAAGGAGUUGAGAUUGAAGAAGAGAUUCUGUCCGAUUUAGUUGAUGACUUAGUUAAUGAUCUUCUCUUGUGUUUCUGACUACUACGUGGUCUUUUUUUUUUUUUCUAGUCUUUAUAAUAUUAUCUGUUAGAAAGAAUAUUAGGCUGAACUACAUUCUCUCACAGUGUAAUUAUAGAGCAUUCCUUUGCGAUAAAUUUUUAACCUCUGUAAUCCCAAAUAGUGAAAGCCUAAUAGACAUUUUCAUUACUUCGGUUUA